CCCGAGAUAAGUGUUGGUAGUCGUUUAUACCCCAAGCUGAUGUUAGCAACGAACGUGAUCCCUCUCUACUUGGGCCACCAAUCAGUGUCAUGCUGGUAUGGAGAGAGAAAGAGAGAUUUUCUUGUAGUCAACGGGGAACCUACAAGCAGAAUUGGAGAAAAGAUAUGGAGAAAGCCAGAGCAGACCAAUUCCAAUCUCAUCAGAACCUUUCCAUUCAUCCCAUUUAUGUUCUUUCCUUCAUCCUCACCAUAUAUGGGGUUCUUGUUGUUCUUCCUCACCCUUUCCUUAUCUAGUGCUCUUGUCUUUGGUCUUCCUUUGUCAGAGUUCGUUUAUCCAAACUUCACUGCUUCCAAUCUCCGAUUCAUUGACACCACCGGGACUUUCUUAUUUUCUCCGAAUGGAACAUUCAAAGCAGCUAUGUUCAAUCCAGGUACUGAACAAACCAACUAUUACUUAUGCGUUAUACACGUUGCAUCCAGCACCAUCAUGUGGUCUGCUAAUCGUGAUGCAGCCGCAUCACAAUCAGGAAAGAUGAUUCUAACUGUCAACGGUAUUAACAUCACUGAUCAAUAUGGCAAUUUCAUAUGGUCAACUCCACCAUUGAAGGCAUCGGUAUCUGCACUACAGCUAACUGAGAUGGGGAAUCUUGUGUUGCUUGAUCAACUUAAUGGGACUCUUUGGGAGAGCUUCCAUUACCCAACAGACACAAUUGUGAUUGGACAGCACUUGCCUGUUGGGAUGGUGAUAUCCAGCGCUGUAUCAGAUAGUAACUUGUCAACUGGUGAUUACAAGCUUGUAAUUACAGCCUCUGAUGCUAUUUUGCAGUGGCAGGGUCUAACAUAUUGGAAAUUGUCUAUGGAUUCCAAGGCCUAUAGAUACUCAAAUAUAGCAGUGGAAUAUAUGGCAAUAAACCAAACUGGUCUUUGUCUGUUUGGGAAAAAUGAAUCUCGAGCCAUAAUUCAGGUGACCUUGCUUCCAUCUGACUUUCGAAUUGCCAAGUUGGAUGUCUCUGGCCAGUUCAUUGUCAGUAGCUUUUCUGUUGCUGAUCAAAAGCAGGAAUUUGUGGGGCCAGUUGAUGAAUGCCGGCUUCCAUUCAUUUGUGGAAGGGUCAGUUUGUGCACUGAUGAUAUUGCAUCAGAUACUCCGGUAUGUUCUUGUCCAUCUAACUUCCAUGUUAGUUCACAGUAUUCGAACGAUUGUGUGCCAAGUGGUGAUCUAUAUUAUUUGCCAGUUUCUUGUAAUUCAAUCAAUAAUGGCAGUAAUUUGAAAUCAACAUCACUGUCAUAUUUGGGGCUCGGAUAUGGUAUGGACUACUUUGCCAAUGAUUUCACCAUGCCUAUCAAGUAUGGUGUUAGUUUAUUGGCCUGUCAAGAUCUCUGCUCAGCUGAUUGUUCUUGCUUGGGUAUUUUCCAUGAAAAUUCAUCUGGUUCUUGUUAUGUGCUUCUCCAUGAAUUGGGAUCAAUUAUGUCUUCUACCACAAAUGAUACUGAUCUUUUAGGAUUUGUCAAAACUUUAGUAAGAGAUUCACCGGCAAAUUUUCACAACAGUAAUAAAUUUAGUGGUCAAACACAGAAGUUUCCUUUAGUUGCUCUGGUGCUGUUGCCCUUCACUGGGUUUUCCCUGUUAGUCGCAGUGGGAUUCCUCUUGUGGAGAAGACAUAGGCUAACCACAACAGGAAAGGCAAAAGUAGUCAACCAAAACUCCCCUUCUUCGGGGGACCUGGAGGCCUUCUCCAUCCCAGGAUUGCCUAUAAGAUUUGAGUAUGAGGAUCUUGAGGCUGCUACAGAUAAUUUUACGACUCAGAUUGGGUCAGGUGGAUUUGGUGCUGUAUACAAGGGUGCACUUCCUGAUAAAUCUCUUGUUGCAGUGAAGAAGAUCACUAAUGUGGGUGCUCAAGGGAAAAAGGAUUUCUGCACAGAAAUUGCUAUUAUUGGAAAUGUUAACCAUAUCAAUCUGGUCAAGUUGAAAGGAUUUUGCGCUCAAGAGAGACAGAGACUGUUAGUGUAUGAGUAUAUGAAUCGUGGUUCUUUAGACCGCACUCUAUUUGGUAAUGGAGCAGUCUUAGAAUGGCAGGAAAGGGUCGAAAUAGCUCUUGGCACAGCACGCGGGCUUGCAUACUUGCAUAGUGGGUGUCAACAAAAGAUAAUUCAUUGUGAUGUCAAACCAGAGAAUAUUCUCCUACAUGAUAGUUUCCAGGCAAAAAUCUCUGAUUUUGGGCUCUCAAAGCUUUUAAGUCCCGAACAAUCCAGUCUAUUCACAACUAUGAGAGGCACUCGUGGUUAUCUCGCUCCUGAAUGGCUUACCAACUCUGCAAUCUCAGAUAAAACUGAUGUUUAUAGUUUUGGAAUGGUACUGCUUGAGCUUGUGAGUGGAAGGAAAAACUGCUCGCCACGAACACACAGCCAUAGCAUGGAGGGUGAUAAUAGUGGUGGCGGCCACUCAUCGUCUUCAUCAGGAACGGGACUUGUUUAUUUCCCUUUAUGUGCAUUAGAGAUGCAUGAGCAAGGGCGUUACUUGGAACUAGCUGAUCCAAGGCUAGAGGGACGGGUGACUAGCUAUGAGGUGGAGAAGUUGGUCUGUGUGGCUUUGUGCUGCGUUCAUGAGGAGCCUGCACUGAGGCCAACUAUGGUCAGUGUUGUUGGCAUGUUGGAAGGAGUGAUCCCUUUGACUAAGCCAAGAGCGGAAUCUUUGAAUUUUUUGCGCUUUUAUGGGCGUCGGUGUGCUGAGGCAUCCACAAUAGAAGAGACCAAUGGGCAAAGUGAUAUUAUGUUUUAUCAACAAGCAAAUACCUCUCCUACAUGCUCGAGAAGUGGCUCAAAUAUUCUGUUAUCUUAUGUUUCAUCACAACAAAUUUCAGGCCCGCGAUAG